AUGAUGGCCCGCUCGUCGGCGUCCCGCCACGGCAGAGUCUUCGCGAACCCCAACGAGACCAUGGGCCAGACGUUCGAGUUCUUCUUCGGGGUCUUGAUCGGAACAAACGCGCUCGUGAGCGGCGUGGAGGUCCAGUACCGCAGCGUCCAUCUCGGAGAAGAGCUCCCGGCCGUCUUCGUGGUCGUGCGCCACGCGUACACCGUGCUGUUCCUGGUGGAGCUGCUGGCGCGCGUAUGGCGGCUCGGAUUCACGAGCUUCUUCGUGAGGGGAGAGGUGUUCUGGGCGUGGACAGACACGCUGGUGGUGUUGAUGGGAUUGCUCGAGAUGACAAUGGACGUGAUUUCUAUUGUUGUUGACCAGGAUGAGGAGCUGCCAGGGGCCGCGGUGUUCCGGAACGUGCGACUCGCCCGCCUGGUGCGGCUCACGCGCGCCUUCCGCCUGCACCGCCUCAUUCGCUUCAUCGCGGCGCUCCGCACGCUGGUGUACUCGAUCUUGGCGACGAUGAAGUCGUUAAUGUGGGCCAUGGUAUUGAUUUUGAUGAUCAUCUAUGUGUUCGGUCUUGCGUUCACAGGAGAGGCGUUGUACUUCGUCGAAGUGACGGAUGACCUUGGCCAGGUCAACGAGGACACGUUGCUUGGAGAAUGGGGAUCUCUGGAUGUGAGCAUGUACACGCUUUUCCAGGCGAUCUCUGGUGGCGUUAGCUGGCGGGAACCCGCCACUCCGUUGCAGGGCAUCUCGAUUCUCCCGACUUCCUUGUUCACAUCGUACAUCGCGUUUGUGUAUUUCGCGGUCUUGAACGUGGUCACCGGUGUGUUCGUCAGCUCGGCCGUAGAGACAACCCAGCGAAAUCCAGACUUGGUCGCCAAGUCUAUCAUCGACAACAGGCGAGCUUGCGCGGAAAAGCUGCAGCAGCUCUUCGGGGCCAUCGACGACGACAACUCGGGUCUUAUAACUAUGGACGAGCUCGAACUGAUCGCCGGGGACGAUCUGAUGAAGGCCUACUUCCAGGCCCUCCAGAUUGACUUCCGAGACGCGUACACGCUGUUCAAGCUCAUAGAUGCCUCGAACGAUGGGGCCAUCAAGCUGGACGACUUCCUGAGGGGAUGUGAGAAGCUGAAGGGCCAGGCUACCAGCAUGGAGAUGGCCGAGAUCAGCUACGACAUAAGGCGGCUGGACAAGCAGGUGACCAGUUUGGUGUUAGCGCUGGAGAAGGACGGGCACUGCCAGCGCGCGAUGGACGACUUGGUCAGGCCGUGCUUCGAGAAGCUGUGCCGCGCCAGAAGCAGCAACAGCGGCGCGUUAAGCGAGUCGGCCGCGGCGCGCACUGCCCGCGCUGGAGCCGCGCCUGCUUGA